AAAUAUAUAUUAUAACUGACGUGUUGUAACGAUUUUAUGCCGUUUUUUUUUUCUAAACAGUGCAGAAUUACGUUUAAUUUUUGCUUUUGUAAUGUGAAAACUGACCAUCUUAUUUCAAAUUUACUAGGGCAGUAUGCGGAUGUUUUUGUAAAGAAAGUCUUCAGUUUGCCGCUGUAGGAACGUCUCAAAGUUAUAGAUUUGAGAAUAUGUUUGUAUUUUGUAAUAUAAAAUGGCAUUUAUGUUAUUUAUAAAUGUAAUGCACAUAUUUAUUUUUAAAAAAAACACCUCAGAAAUCAUUGUUCGAACCUUAAUUUACAACGAUAAAGAUUUCUUUUUUAAAAUUGCCCUUUACGCCAACAGAGAUAAUCUCAUUUCAAUUAAAUUUUUUAAAAAAACUAUAAAACGCGCCAAAUUGAAAUUGCAAAUAAAAAACAAAUCUUGGUUUUAAAACAUGAUCUCUUACAGUUGGUUAUACCUGUCCGCAGUUUCGAUUGGACGAAGGCAAUUUUUACUUAUAAUUCAUUGGUCGAACAAAAAUACGGUAGCAUUCGACGGUGAUUGGCCAAGCGUCUCAGAGAUCGCGCUGCAAUUGGUGGAUUUGCAAACGGGUCUCCCCUGAUUGGCGGAGGCGAGAAGGCUUCGUGAAGUUUGAGAGUUGAUGGAGGAAGUGGAGUUGAAAAAGCCCGAUCUUAUUAUUCAAUAUAAUCUGUAAGGCGUAACCCUUUUGAUUGAGAUGCCAGUGCAGCCCACGCUGAAGGAACCGGAGGAGAUGGAGGUCGAGGGCGACUCGACCACCGAGGCUAACGGGGAGGAAGAGGAGGAGGAGGAGGAGGAGGAGAGCGGCAGCGAGUCCGAGACUGAGCCGGAGGAAGAGAGCUCAGAAAUGGACGAUGAAGACUGUGAAAGAAGAAGGAUCGAGUGUCUGGAUGAAAUGUCUGACCUGGAGAAGCAGUUCAUGGAUCUAAAGGAGAAGCUUUUCAAGGAGCGGUUAAACCAAGUGAAGGCGAAGCUGGAAGAGGUGAUAGCUGGGACGGCAACAGAGUAUAUCGAACCCGUGGCCGCCUUACAGAAGAACAUGAAGAUCCGCACUGAAGUGGCUGGCGUUUAUAGGGACCUGUGCCUUCAAGUGAUUCAUAACAAGUACGACUGUGAAAUUCAGGGGGCCAGACAGCACAUGGAGAGUGAGAAGCUGCUGCUGUUUGAUAACAUGCAGAACGAGCUGAUGGAGAAGAUUCAGAGACUGGAAGAGGACAGACAGACCAUAGACAUCAGCUCCGAGUGGUGGAAUGACAAGCUCCAUUCGAAGAAGAGCAGGCGUCGCUGUGACCCGACCAAGCCAGAGAAAAAGAGGAAGCCGGUUUUGGUCUCUGGUCCGUACAUCGUUUACAUGUUACAAGACAUCAGCAUCUUAGAAGAUUGGACUGCCAUCAAAAAGGCUAAAGCAACCGUGCUUCCGAUGAAGAAGAAAUCAGACACCAAAAUUCAAUAUUCUGCCAAGUGCGAGGAUGGGAAGCUGUAUUACGAGGGCGAAUGCUACAGCAAAGGGCACGUCAUCCUACUGGAGAUCAGAGAGGAUCCGCCUUCCCAGGCAGUCAUCACGGCAGUGAGCACUGGAGAGGUGUGGUUGAGAAGGACAGACGGAAGCAAAACCAAAAUCUACGUUUCCCAGCUCCAGAAGGGAAAAUACACCAUUCGGAAGGCAUGAUCCCCUCCAACCGAUUCACAGCACAGAACUGGGAGAGACUGCCACUGUGUGACAGGCACUCAGAGUGUAGCGAUCCAUCGCGUCUCUCCGCAUUGUAGCCACGUGAAUAAUAGCACCUGAAUGAAUAAUUAGGUGCGUUUUAUCUCUGGUGUUAGAAACAGAUACAUUAUUGUCUUGGAGCACCUAUGGUAGUUCUUAACAAUUCACUUGGCAAAACCUGCGCUUAAUAAAAUCUGCCCUGUAUUUUGCCCCUCGAGAAAAGGGCAAAUGAAUGUCGAUCUGCCAGUAAAACACUGCAGACCCCCCUCCUGAAGAUUUUCAAAUACUGCCCCCUAUCCCUUGAUGCUGUGCUGUUUUGCGUUGUUUCAAAACCCAAAGUAUUGUGUUUCCUUUGUUGCACAGUGUGGAGGAAGCAGUUUGUCAUCGACCUGGAAGUGAUGCGGCUGGACAGCUGUGGCCAAAAUUUCUGCAUCACCUAGAAUUUUAGGAUUGAGAAACUAUUUGAAAAAAAAAGUGUAGAAACUACACUAAAAUGAUUUAAAAAAAAAAGUCUUCUCGGAAGCCAGUGCAGUCGUAUUCCAUGUUAGAUUUUGUUCAGGAUAUGGAAAACUACAAAGCAAGCUGCGUGCAAUUCAAUAUGCUAACAUUGCUCAGCGGGUUUCGUUCGACUGUAUGAAACUAGAGGAGUUAAUUCUGUAGGAGGGGGCAUGCAUAACGUUUAGUUAGUGCUGUACCCCUGCUCUCAAUACUCUGAAUGCUGCAUAAGCAGUUUUUAGAGGGCUACUUAAUAACAUCACGCCACUGUCCUAAGAUUUCAUUCCCUGUGUGUUUAAUCUCCUGCUGUAUAUCGUGUGUGUUUUGUGUCAUUCUACAAUGUUGUUUUUUCUGCUCGGGUCUUUAUCCAUCAGCCUUUACGAUUCCAGGAAAAAUUGGUUCCUGAAAAAAAUACUUUUUAAUCUGAUGGCUGGGGAAGAAUAUUAGUGAUGCACAUGCUUUAGUGCACAACCUAUUUAUUAUUAUUAUUAUUAUUAUUAUUAUUAUUAUUAUUAAUAAAGGUAAUUUAGUAGACGCUUUUAUCCAAAGCGACUUGCAGAGUCUAGGGGGGUGAACUCUGCAUCAUCAACAACUGCUGCUGCAGAGUCACUUCCAAUAGGAGCUUGUUUGUUUGACGUCUCAUCCAAAGGACGGAGCACAAGGAGGUGAAGUGACUUGCUCAGGGUCACACACACACACACACACACACAGGGAGUCAGAGGCUGAGCCGGGAUUUGAACCUCCUGGUAUCGAGACCCCCUUUAACCACUGGGACCCACCUGUCCACAGCAGUGAUAAUCCUGUAGAAAAACAAAAAACACAUUAAAUGUGUAAGAAAUGAAACAGCAUUAAUUGAAGUGCACAGCGUAACCCUAAUAUGGUUCCCCGCCUGUAACCGUCUAUAUACCUGACGUAGGACCACGUUCCUAACGGUUGAGAUGGAUUUUAUCAACGGUCUCAUUCAUCUUUAACAGCAAAAGAAUAAUAUUUCAGCACCUAUAUUUCAGCCAGCCUUUUUUUUCUGUUGAUUUUUUUUUAUUUUCUAGACUUUUCACUUUAUCGAAUUCACUUCCUGUGUUUCUGGUAUUAGGAACCCCACCUCCUGACCCACACGUAGUGCCGGCUUAGACGGGGGACCUUUUUAACUGUAACACAGGAAGUGAGCUUGUAGUGUUGUAGCCGGAUAAAUAUUAUUUUUUUAACCCGUAAUGUUUUUAUGUUAGAAUUUGCACUAAGACUAGAUCACACAAAAUGAUUAUUACUGAUUCGUGAUUUCAAGUUUUUUAAAAAUAAUAAUAAAUGAUAUAUAGUCUGCUGUAGAUUUUUAAAAAGCUUGCAGUAAAAGCGGUGCUUGUAUGAAUUGUUUAACCUGUGUGUUAAUAAUAUAUAUUUAUAAUUUCAUAGUAAAUAUUAGAAAACGAUCCUUGCUAAUGACA